AUGAACGAAUUCACUUUGGCAAAGAAGAUUCUGCAAGCAGGAUACUUUUGGAUGACUAUGGAAAGAGACAGCAUUCGCUAUGUACAAAAGUUCCAUCAAUGUCAGGUUCACGGAGAUUUCAUUCGAGUUCCCCCAAAUGAGCUCAAUGUCCAAGCUUCAACGUACAAGGCAGUAACAAAGAAGGUGGUAGCAGAUUUUGUUCGCAACAAUAUAGUUUGCCGAUUUGGGAUCCCAGAGUCAAUUAUCAUAGAUAAUGCGGCCAAUCUCAACAGCGAUCUUAUGAGAGAGACAUGUGAAAAGUUUAGGAUCGCCCACCGAAAUUCCACAGCUUAUCGACCACAGAUGAAUAGAGCAGUCGAGGCAGCAAAUAAGAACAUCAAGAAGAUCUUAAGGAACAUAACAGACAGUCACAAGCAGUGGCAUGAAAAUUUUCCAUAUGCUUUGCUUGGUUACCGUACCACUGCUAGAACAUCUACAGGAGCAACUCCCUAUAUGCUGGUCUAUGGUUCCGAAGCUGUGAUACCCGCAGAAGUAGAGAUACCUUCUCUUAGGAUUAUCCAAGAUGUUGGUUUGGACAAUGCAGAAUGGAUACGUAGUAGACACGAACAGUUGAUGCUCAUUGAUGAGAAAAGGAUGGACGCUGUCUGUCACGGUCAGCUUUAUCAGAACAGGAUAUCCAAGGCAUUUAACAAAAGAGUAAGGCCUAGGAAAUUCGAACCAGGGCAAUUGGUUUUAAAGCGAAUAUUUCCUCAUCAGGACAAAGCUAAAGGGAAAUUCACACCAAAUUGGAAAGGUCCAUACGUGGUUCAUCGAGUGCUUUCAGGAGGAGCAUUGAUUUUGGCAGAAAUGGAUGGUAAAGUGAGCACGAAGCCCAUCAACUCAGACUCGAUCAAGAAGUACUACAUCUGA